CACCCGCGCCGUUGUACGAUGCAACUUUGUCUCGCCCCUAAUCCCAGUCCACUCAUCGCUCCUCUGUACCAAGACAAUGCUUCUCACUUUGGGCGUGGAGAUUGAGCUGCUGGUCCCCGGCGGGGGAUCCGACCUCAAGAAGACUCAAUGCUCGCUCCCCACAAUCACGGUUUGUUGCGAUAGUCGUGCAAGGUGGCGAGAGGGCACCGAAAGGUCGGUGGGGCACAGGCGACGAUGCCUCUAUCAUGUUCAGCGGUUCGCCUGCCUGCGAGCUUCGGUCGCCGGGUUUUGAAAAUGGCCCCAUGGAUCAAGGUCAGACCUCCAUCUGGCAAACGGAGAUGAGGGCGGCAAUGGCCUCGAUUGUCCUAACCUUUCCGCGAGUGUCGACGCCGCAUAACGUAACUGGAUUGCAUGUCCACAUCUCGCAGGGCAUACACCCGUCACUGCGUUUACCCUUCGACGUUCUCAAGAAGAUAGCUGCGGGGUUGAUAGUGUGUGAAGCUGAGUUGGAUGUGAUGCACUCGUGGAAACGACGGCAGCUCAGCGACAGCUUUUUCAGGUCCAUACGGUGGAACAGCAUCUUUUAUGGCGACAACCACACCUUCACGGCCAAGCAGAUUGUUGAGGCCGUAUUAACAGCCAAGUCCGCGAAAGCCUUAAUUACGCUCAUCAAUCCCGGGCCAAACGCUCAAUUGACGGACAGCCAGGACCUGCAUUCUAUCACGGGCGAUGUCAACCGCAAUUACGUCGUAAACUUCACCGAGUGGCAGGACGGACUGGGUACGAUCGAAUUUUGAGAACGUGCAAGCAGCAAACACCCAGAUCACAUCAUCUCAUGGAUUCAGUUUAUUCUCUGCUUUGUGCGAACCGUUUGUGCUAAGAAGACCAACGAUUUCCAUGAUGUGCUCGACCAGCCAUCGCCUUUGCAACGUUUGGGCAUAGAGGAUAAGGUCAUCAAGGCAGCGACAUACGACACCGAACGCGAUAGCGUGGAGUUUGAAUAUCCUCCGCCUAUCGCAUCUCAUAUCAACGGCGGGCCGGCAGCUGGGUUCACCGGAAGCGGCAGCGACUCAAGCUUCCCGGAUCCCUGGGGGAUCAGCUCGGAAUCAGGAUCCAAUCCUGCAGAGACCCAACAGGGACUGGGACUCGGUCAGAGUGGCUGGGACGGUGCAUGGUCGUCUUCGGGAGGGUCCGGCGAAUUGCAGGACAGCACGUAGUCUGACACAUUCAAAUGUUGUACCUAUUUCCCAUCCAUUCUCAGCUGAAAUCGAUGUACAUACCUGUUCUAUCAAAUGUAG